GACCGACCCGUGACUAUAAACAACCAGAGCAUGCAGGAGCUCAGUACCUAACUACAAGGGAGCAGCCCUGGGACCCCAGGACAGGAAGUGGUAGUAGGAACGAUGCCCAUCAAUAAACCGAGGAGCAAGGCCCGUGAGGCUCCGGAGAAGGCCCGCUCGGAGGAGGCUGACGGCCCGGGUUGGGCGGCAGCAGUGGCAGCCGCCGCCGCAGCCCCGCCGCGGCUCCGAGGCUCUCGCGCGCAGCUCUCCGCACCCCCCCACCCCAAGCACAAUACAUGGUCCCGUCCGCCCCCUACCUUCGGAGCCCCGAAGUUCGUCACCGCGAACCGAGGGAGAAAUCGGGGGCCUCCCGCUGGGGCCAUGGGCCCGUCGCCCCCAGCUCCCCGUUCCCGCCGCCGCCCGGAGCUGCACCGGUUCCCCAGAAUAGGCAAGAGCCGCUGCUGCCUGUGCACGACUCGGGGUCCCAAAAGCCGGCUCUCGCUGCCUACCGCUUACCUAAGUCCCAGGCCGCGCUGGAUCCCUCGCUCCCCCUGCCGGCGGUCCGGACGUCGGCCAUUUCCGACGGGGGCGGCGGGAUUUGCCGAAGAGCUCCGGCCCGGAAACGGCCGAGGGAGGAGGAGGGAGGCAGUGUUCGGCACUUUCCGGAAGGAGCUGGGGAGGAACUGGAGUCUUCAGCACUUGGUAGGGAUGAGCGAGCUGGGAAGCAUGGGAGAAACAGCUCGGAUAGCCAAGUGUCCCAAUGGCUAGAGAGCGGGGACUUUGUCUGAAAGACCAAAUCAUACACUUUUACUAGUAGUGUGAUCCAUUAGAUUGUGAGCUCUCCGAGGGCAGGGAGUAUCUUUUUUGUGUGUGUCCUCAACGCUUAAUAAAUGUUUAUUGAA